AUGUACAAUCAAAGACUGCAGCCUGAAUUCAAUGCCCACAGAUGCCCACAGUCAAAGCCGAGGAAGAAUGCAGAAAAGUCAUCUCCACUUUCAACGGACGACUUGCACUUGAAAAUUGUUGGUGGUGAUCAUUUAGACAACGAAGAAAGAGUUCGGGAAUCCUUGAAGGCUGGCGAUGAAUGCUACCUGCUGGGAAAGGAUUCUGAAGGGCCCAAACCAAAGCCAGAGCAGACUGAGGGCUACCAAGCCGCGCCAGUUUGCACUCCGGUUGAGAAGAAGGCAGUCAAGAACGCCGAUGGAAAACUUCGGUGUAAGAAUUUUGGUUGCCAAAAACUUUUCGAUCCGGAUGGGCCUCCGCAAGAGUGCCAGCAUCACAAGGCUGCGCCUAUAUUCCACGAGACUGCAAAAUGGUGGUCUUGCUGUCCAGAUAGCAAAGCGUAUGACUUUGACGAGUUCAUGAAAAUCCCUGGUUGCACGCAGGGGUUUUGCACCAACGAGUCCCAAGCGAAAAAGGCCAAAGAGCGGGCAGCUCCGCCGGCCAAGGACUGGGCAAGCCGUGGCUGGGUAGACUACUCCCAGCAAGAACCCAGAGCUCCUGCAACAAGGGACGCUGGGACAACCACUGACAACAGUUGGCGGGGACGAGGCCGACCGGACACGGAUCGAUCUCGCAGCAGUCGAUUCACCCAAGAAAGGAAUCGGCGAGGACAUCGCUCAGUGGCCAGGACAGAGGCCAGGAUCCAAAGGGGUCAAGAGCGAAGAGCCGCACGGGACGCGGCAGACGCAGCAGCAACAACAGCAGGGUCAGGCCAGUCCACGGACGCGCCACCUGCUGAGCCAACACCGGCCGACCCAUCGGCCGAUCCACCAGCCGAUCCUUCGGCUGAGCCAGACCCACCGGCACCAGAGCCGGGGUCAGUGCCAUCUUCGGCGCUGGACAUCGGGUCAACACCCGACGCACCCGACGUGCCUCAGACCAACCUAAGGGUGGAAGAGGCCAAGAGGGAAGUGCGGGUAGAUCCGCCUCCGGGACGCGCUGCGCUCGAAGCAGACGAGCGCGCACCGGUGAAGUUGGUCCCACAGGCUGAAAGGGCCAGCUCAAGGGCUGCAAGGAAAAGAGCCCGACUUCAGAAGGACUUGGACGAAGCCAAGCAGGCGAUUGAUUCGUCUGAAGCCCCAAGCCUCUCAAUAGAAAUCCUGCAAGACGCAGGCAUAGAAGUGGUUGACUGGGAAGCUGACAUCUCAAGUGAAGAGAGCUUUGAGAUCUGCGUUCCAGACCCUGUGUUUCAGGGCAAGGAUCCAGCUGACAUCCCACAGCCACACGUGGAGUCAGCAAGCAGCUCCAAGGAGCCGCUGCAGAAGUUGGCCGCACCUCCGCUGUACGCAGCGGACGUCCCCGCGCGUGCGAGCCAGCUCACUCCAACAGUCAAGCAAGAGUUCAACAAAGCUCUUGACUUGUGUGAGCAAAUCCAAGGGGCUUUGAGCCAAAGCCAGAGUGAUCACUACGAGGUGGUAGACGAGAGACCACCGAACUGCAGAGAAGAAGAUGGAGCAGCAAGCCGCGCAGAUCCAACUGCAGAUGGAGGCUCUAGCGAGUCAGGUUCAGGCCUUGACUACCGCUCAGCAGACCCAACAACAGGUGAAUGCGCAGCUGUAGCUCGAGAAAGAGCAGCUGGAACAACGCCUCAACGUCGCGUUGGGACAAUUGCAGCAAUCCUUGCAGAACGGAGGGAGCAGUGGGAACGCUUCACCUUUCAGGUGGAAACCUAUCUGGCACUGAUCAAUGAAGAGUUUCCCACAGACUUGGAAGAAGCACGCAAAAGCACCACGUUUGUGGACCCUGUAGAUAUGACUGAUGACUGCAAGGCACGUGGCAGACAGCUUUUUGCCAUGCUGACUUCCUGGACCCAGGAGUUAGCAGUAGCUGUGAAGAUAGCCCGUGGAAUUCGAGGACAGAACGGUUUUGAGUUUUGGAGGCUUCUGUACCGAGAGUUAGCCCCAGAUAACCACUCGAAGAGUUUGAUCUGGAGACGCUCGCUGCUUAGCCCAAAAUUUCCCUCAAAAGAGACGGAAUUUUCUGCGGCGCUCCAAGAGUGGGAGGCCGACUUAGACAGGUACGAAGCCGAAUACGGCGCACAGAAAGCAAUAAGUGAUGAAGAUAAACGUGCCGUAGUUCUGACCGAAGCUCCAAAUGCCCUGAAACAGCACCUUUCCAUGCACAUAGCCACGCUGAUCACCUACCAAGCUGUGCGCGAAGUGGUGGUGUCAUACUUGCAAGCCAAGCAGGUGUGGAAGCCAUCGGCCGCGUAUGCGGGUAGCACCGCACGCAGUGAUCCCAUGGAGAUUGGACUCGUCCAACACAAGGGAAAAGGUAAGGAUAAAGGUGGCAAAGGAAAGGAUGGCAAGAAGGGCAAAGGGAAGGAUCAGAAAGGAAAAGGGAAAGACACCCACUCGAAAGACAAAGGUGGAAAAGGUCAAGACAGCAAAGAUCGCUGUGCAAUCUGCUGGAAGGCCGGCCAUACCACUGAGAAGUGCUGGUUCAACACAAAAGGUCAGGAAAAGGGAAAGGGUAAGAAGGCAGUAGCAGCCGUGAAUGAAGGUGACAAUGCCUCCAUUGUCUCGGCUGGUCCCUCGGCAUCGCAGGUUGGGGGCAACAAUAGCGUCAUCACCCUUCCUUCCUCGUCUUCGACGUCGUACAGAAAAGACAAGAACGUCAGUAAGAUCGGGGAACACCGACUUCUCAUGGUAAAACCCGGCCACAGCGGGCAGCACCGCGUGGAAUCAGUUUCACCUCAAGCCAUUUUGGCAACCCAAACGGCUGGCAGCACAGUAGUCAGCCAACACCAGCAAAAUGCCAUUUUGGCAGAACAGGCCAUUUUGGCCAAGUGGCAGGCCAUUUCGGACUGCAAAGACAAACCAGGCUGGCAUGACCUUGACACGGACACCAAGGUGUACGUGGUACGGGGGAAAGCUGGCACUCAAAGGAGGUAUGUCACACCCGGGCCUCAAUACUCAGAUUUCACUCUGAGGUCCACCUGGCAAUGGGACUAUGCCGCCGAUGCAUGGGAAACCAGGGAGCUUGGAAGGAAAUGGAAGCUUCUUCAAAACCCACAUAAGGCAUUUGCGGGAAGCAAAGUAUGGGCAUUGCAUGCUUUCCAGAGAAGCACGCCCAAGAUAGCCAGGGUAGCGAGCAGAGGCACGCUAUUGGUGGACACUGGAGCAUGCUGUUCGGUCUGCACCCCUGAGGCCUUUCAGACAGCAGACCUCGACCCAAGCGCCACAGAGGAGCUCUACACAGUAGAUGACACACCGCUGAAGGCGUGCGGGGAGAUCCGCCCCAAGUUGCGACUCGGAGAGCAGCUUCAGGAAGAGGCACAGGUCACUUUUCAGGUGGUCGAAGGUGUGAAUGAGAACAUCCUGUCAGUCAAUCGAGCCCUGGACGUUGGAGCCAGCGUCCACUUCGAAACUGACAACUGCUACAUCCAAUGGGCAGAUGGCAGCAUCGCCACGUUCCGGCGAGAAGGGAGACAGUUCCUGUUGCCCUACGAAGAGCUGGAUGGCGGAAAGGGCCAGGUAAAGGUCGCAGCCAUCAACCCCGAGGAUGAAGAAGCAAUGGCAGUUCACCGCCAUGCACUCCAGGAAGAUGAGGAAGCCGACGCUGUGCGAGAGUUCGCCCAGCAAGAAGCGGACGCCGCUAUGCAGGCGGAAGAUCCCGGCCUGCUGGCCGACUUGGAGGAAGCGGCAGACGAGCCGGAGCCGCCUGAACCAAGAGGGCUACCUCAACCGGAAAGCCCCACAGAAGAACAGCGACAGCAGCAUCGGUUAACUCACCUGCCAUUCGUGCCAUGGUGCGAGGAGUGUGUGAGCGGGAAAUCCCGCCAAGACCAACACAAGCGAGAUCAGUCAACAGAACGAGAUCAAGGUGUCUCGGUGGUCCAAAUGGAUUACUUCUUUCUGUCUCCAGAACGGGAAGAAGAGGUAGAAGACGAAUCUCGUCUUGUGACCAUCUUGUGUUUAACCGAUACCGGCACCGGAUGGCCAUUGACACUUAAACUCCCCAACAAGUCUGUGGAGGUGGCUCAGUCAAAAUACUGCCUGCAGAACAUCGACCUCUACUUCAAGAACUUGAGGUAUGACAAGAUCAUCCUCCAGCACGAUGGCGAGCCCGCCAUAAGAGCCCUAGCAAACAGCAUCCAACGCCAUGUGGGUGCAUCCAAGGUCUCUGUGCGGGAAGCUCCGCCGAAGCAACACCAGCAGAGGUAUCCUGAGCUGGACGUGAGCAGCAACCUCACGCCAUGGCUUGUGCGCCACGCGGCGUGGCUCAUAGCCAGAUACCACACACGCAGCAGAGAUGGCAUGACGCCAUACAAGCUGGUCACAGGAGGUGACUACAACCAUCCUGUAGCCACAUUGGGAGAAAUAGUGCUUGGCAAGGUGCCGAGCCCCAAAGGCAAGAUCCAACGCCGAUGGAUCAAAGGAGUGUGGCUUGGAAAGCUGGACAGGGACGACAGCAAUGUGCUCGGCACAGCGUCAGGUGCAAUCGCUGUGCGGUCCAUAAGGCGACUGCCCAAGGAGGGACAGAUCAGCUCGGAGCUGAUGGCAGCCAUGAAAGGAACCCCUUGGCAGCCGAGAGAUGGCGUGAGGCAUAAGAUCACUCGUGAGUUGUCUCAGCCAAUCGCCUUUCCAGCACCAGCCGCAUCGGGUAGCCCCGAGCGAGAAGAAGCAGCAGAUCGGGAGCAUCCGACGCUGGCAGUGGACGGACACAACGUCGACCACGACGCCCUCGUGGUACAAGCCGCGGCACAGCUAGAGGAAGAGCUGGAACCGAUGCAGGAUGCAGAGGAAUUUCCAGAUCUAGCGGGUGGCCCCGCAGACGUCAGUCCCGUUCCAACAACGCCAGCGGAAUCCGAGAUUGCAGAUCCUCCGCCGCCCGAGCAUGGGCCGAGCGGGUCUCCACCGCCCUUUCGGGGAGCGGGAUGGUCCUCAAACUUGCAAAGUCUUCCCAAUGAACCCAUGAGUCCAUCUGGAUUGGGGGCAGGAGGGAAACGAGAGAGGGCUAAUCCGGGAGAACUGAAGACCGGCGAAGCUGAUGCAAAGCAGCCCCGGCAAGCAGGGAUCUUGCAGCACUUGACAACCAAAGAGAUCUGGGAGAAAAUCCAGCAAUGGGGAAACUCAGAAGAACCGAACAACCCAACAGCGAUCCAGCGAAUUUCAAAUGUGACAGAAUUCGUCGAUCAGAUGCUCGACCCUGAGGAGGUAUCCAAAGCCCGAAAGGCACAACUGCGAAAGCUGUGGGAGCGAGGAGCGUUCACUCCCAUCCACAGAAAAGACAUACCCCAGGGAUCGCAGCUUUUUGGUCACAAAUGGGUAGACAAGUGUUCACGAGGGACUUACAAGUCGCGCUUCACAUGCGCAGACGUUAAGGCGCGAUACACCCAAGAACAAGAGGCUGAGCUGGAUGUUUUCGUGCCACCUCCAACUCCUGAGUCUCACAAUGUCUUAGAAGUAUAUGCCCUCAUGAACAAGUUCUACACGAGGAGCUUAGACAUAGUUGCAGCCUUCCUCAUAGGAAGGGACCGGGGCGCAGCACAAGGUAAACCGGUCUAUGUCCGAGCACCCAUCGAAUGGUGGGAUCUCUUCCUCGAAUGGCUCGAAGAAGUCAACCCGGCGGAUCGGCAGUGGUACAAGGAUCGGUUCAAGGAAAUGUGUUUCCGGCUGGAUGGAAAUCUCUACGGUCGAAGAACGGCCGGAUCUGUGUAUAGAAACGAGCUAGAAGAGAUAGUGUGCUCGCGGGUAGACCCGCAGCGGUAUGCCUUUGUCAGGGGUCAGAAAGAUCCGUGCAUUUUCCGGUGCACCAAGACUGGCAUUGUACUGCUGCACCAUGUGGACGACAUCCGCGCAGCAGGACCUUCAGAGGCCCUAGCGCAUCUCUUCGAACAAGAACUACCGCGACACUGCGAAGUGCAAGCGGGAGAACUCGAAAAGGAGGGAAUGGCAGUGGAAUACCUGGGACGCACCAAAGUGCGCAGUGAAGAUGCAAUCCUCACCAUCCCAGACGAAAAGCACAGGCAAGCCGUGAUCUCCGCAGCGGGUAUCUCCGCGCGUGACAGGAGUGAGGUUCCGUCCAAACAAUUGAACCUUCUGGAAACCACUCCCCUGUCCGAAGAAGAAGCAAAACGCUAUCGCAGCGCAGUAGGCAGUGUGACAGUUGGCAGGGUGGUAGCAUGUGAUCCGCCAAGUGCGACUGGCGAAUGGAGCAUAGAGUUGUAUUCCGACUCAGACUGGGCAGGGUGCCUCGAGAGCCGGAGGAGCACCGACUGUCAUGUGGCAGUAGUCUGUGGAGCUGUGGUUGCUUGCACAACCCAGACGCAACCCGGACUGCCAGCUACUAGCAGCCCAGAUGCGGAACUGAGAGGUGUAUCCAGAGCAGCCAGAGAAGCAAUCUACUUGCGCGAUCUCAUUACCUUGGACUUUGGCCAACUGUGCGGGAAGCCCCGCCUAUGGACCGACAGCUCGUCGGCCAUGCAGGCAGCGAAACGCAUAGGUCCAGGAGCCAAGUUGAGGCACCUGGAAGUCUGUGAGUUCUACGUGCAGGGAGCGAUCCAGUCAAAGCAGCUCGCCUUGGGAAAGGUGAAAGGAACGCUCAACUGUGCAAACUUUCUGACGAAACAUCCCAAGUCAGGGACUGAGGUAAAGCAAGCCCUACCUGGACUGGGUAUGUGCGAAGCUCACGACGGAGAGGAUGUGCUAUCAUCCACAAAGCGUCUCUCCGUCAAGGUCUCGACUGUGACCAAGCAGCAUGCUUGGAAGACUCCGGUCCCAGCAAGCGUUGCUUGGAUUGACAACAGAAAGGACCGAGCGGGUAGCACCGCCCCGAAAACAAAGGGCAGUGUGAACUACAUCAAGUCAUUGGUGAUUCUCAGCCAGAUCACCGCAGUGCGAGCGCAGGGACAAGGAAAUCAGUGGAUCAAUCCAAUUGUCCUGUACAUCCUCGCGCUCAUAGGCUUGUUAGCCAUCUAUGUGAAGCUGUAUCAGCUAGGAGUGCUGAUCACAGACUGGCUAUUCCCGCCUGAAGGCGAAAAUCAACUUCCCGAACGGCCCGAAGAAGUUGAAGGAGCCGAAGUGCAACUUCAGCUGGAUAGUGUUACGGUGCGCCUCAACAUCACCGCCUACCGAGACGGUAGACAGCUGAAUAUCAGCCAGACGGUGAAUGCGCCAGCGGCAGCCCUGCGGCAAGGUUCCGCGGAAGCCCCGCAGCCUCAACCGGCGGAAACCCCGCGGCAGGAAGAACUAACUCCUAGUCGCAUCGAGCGCUGGUCAGAGGAACAGUGGGUACAAAGAGGGGCAGAAAGCAACAUGACCCUCCAGGAGCUGAUCGAAUGGCGCAGGCGCGAAGAAAGGCUGAUUCAUGGGCAAGACCCAGACUCCAGCCAAGAUGAGCCAGGUGAGUCAACUUCGCACAGUGCGGACAGCCCCGCCUCUGAGCGGGAUGUACCGCCUGAGCGGGAGGAACCGCCUGAGCGGGUAGCACCGCCCGAGCAGGCGGAGCCGCCGAUCUCCAGUUCCGGCCCGGAGCUCUUGACGGGAGACCCAGCCAUUGAGCGGGAAGCUCCGCUAGAUCCCUUUGAUGGGAUGAGUCCAAAUGAGCUCCAGCAGUGGCGCGAGGCCGAGAACAGAGUUCUGGGGAUCGAAGGGCCUGUGGGGUCCAACCCCAGAGGUCCACAGGAAGCUCCGUGCGUUGAUUGCGGGGAAACUGCCAACUGCGCCUGUGGAUUUCGUGCCAUGGAUCCUUUUCAUCCCGUGUCUGCGGUGCUGGCAGUGACCCCCUUGGCACCCAUGUGGCAGCCACUGGCUGGAAAGGGGGCUGCCUUUGCGGAGCUUCAAAUUCUAUCACCUUGCAGUGAGGGUGAGGUGAUUGAGUUAAGGAUGACCACGAGGGAUCAGCUGGCGGUACCCCAACACAGGUGGCCCUACCAGAUGAAGAUCCUCUUGGAUGGCAAGGAAAUCCUACAGCUGGAUCCUCCCGAAACAAAACGACGGGAGGUGCCCCUGCAACUGGAGCAGAUGGAGGCUGGAAUUGUUCGACAGCUGCAGCUUUUUGCUUGGGAUGCUCCGAUGGGGGUGGACUGGUGCGCUGCGUGCGACAUGAUCCUCUGUGUGGUGCUGGUGAGGCCCAGGAGUGUGGCGGAGCUACUUGCAGAAUGCCAGCAAAGGCCAGACAUUUCUAGAGAAAGUUCGCUACAACUGCAGAAGCAAGCAGCCAGCCAGGAGACGGAUGUGACAUGUGAGACGCCAUGGGUGCUGCGCUUGAGAUGUCCGUUGACCAUGGAGCGAUUGAGAGAACCAGCACGUGGGAUACACUGCAAACACCUGCAGUGUGUGGAGCUGGAAGCUUUUUUAAUCACAGCCUCGCUGACACAGUUUCAACGAAGGUGGCGUUGCCCAAUUUGCGACGCCUACUUGCCGCCAAAGCAGCUGGCAAGAUGUGAACUCACGAGGAACCUUCUGCAUCACUUGGCUCCAAAGAUGCAAGCGCCCUUAGAUGCAGUGCUGGGUGCCGCCGGUCGUUUGCGGGCUGUGAGAGGGCCGUCAGGAACUUGUCCUGCCAGGGGGCAGGGCAGCUGGGGACGGCGACUACGCUGUGAGGUCCAGCAUGGGGGCGAGCUGGACUGA